CUCUUAGGGUGUCUGAAAGAAAUUUAGCCAUGUAACCCCAAAGCCAUACGCCGCGACUCACGCCAUAAAUAGGUAUGAAAUAGUAUUUCGUUUGUGAUCCCGGUUGGACGGUGACAGUGUCCAUGUCGGAUUCUUGGAUGUGGGAGAUCGUCAUCUGAAAUUUGCUGUAUGAUGUUGUUGCAGAGUAAAGUGAUAGGUUUAGACCAAUUCUCAGGAAAUUUGAAAGUAGCUGGAGAGAGUGAGAGCGAUAGGUUCAAGAUUAUACUUAGGAAGCCGACGCACUUUAUAUCAAGAACUAGAGCAAUCAGUUGGCUGCUCAAUUUAUUUGGAGGAUAGCUAGUAUGAUUGUUGAUGUUGUGGUUGCUCUCCCAGUUGUCGGUGGCGUCUGGUGGACGGUUGCACAAGGCUUCAUCAACUGACCCUUACCUAGACGUACCUUGCUUCUCGUCUCACGAGCAGGGGAUCCUAAUCACUACCGGACAAUACUUUACAGACAGGGGAACACCCGUUACACCCUGUUUUGUUCUUGCGGAUAUACCCGUUAGGCUAAGGCAAGCAACAGUGAAGUUAAGCAAACCCUCAGUCUCAUACUUCCCUGUGCGAGAUAUUAGCGCCGAAGUGGGAUUCGCUAUGGGAAUAGAGCAGCAAAUAUAUCCAUACGGCAAAUGCAAUAUCAUACGUUCAAAUCUUGUUAGUUAGUACCUGGGUGAUGACACUCACGCUGCUUCUAGCCAUUUGGGCUCUUGCUAUGGGCUAGUGUUGCGCAAUGGAGACAGGGGUGGCAUCCCGGCUGCGAAGGGAUGCACUAAACUAUUUGAAACGAAAGAAGGCAGAAGACGGGAACUAUGCGGCUUAUUUGAGGCAUCAAGAAUGCAAGGAGAAUGCUAUACUUGUAUAUCGCUACCACAAGCUUCAAUCCCGUCAACCAAAAUAUCCUGCUGGGCAUAGUAGUACCC